AUGUGUUCGGAAAUCAAAGUCCUUGAAAGGAACAAUGAGACACAGAUAGACACUCUUCUCUAUGACCAUACAUUGGUACAUAUAACUUUCAACACAAAGGAACACCCGUUAUCACCAAGAGACCUUUCGAUUAACCAUUUGGGAAGAAGUUCAAGCGGAUCUGUUAAAGUGUUUGUUAACUCAAAGAAAGUCGACUUUUCGUAUGAGCUUGUGUUCGGAUAUGCGUUAAGCUGCAUUGGGAUUGAAGAAUAUGAUUGCAAGGUCUAUUUAUUUGACGAUACUGAUGACCUGUGUGUGUUAAAGAACCUAAUGUUUGCAAUAGACGAGAAGUUUAAGGCGGGCCUUCGUGUCUUUUCGGAUCACAGCAAGACAACGGUGUCUUUAGGCGGAAAGAUAAUUUAUGAAACAACUAUAGUACUAUAA